AGCCAAACAGAGGACGGAGGUUUGUGUGGAGUAGUGCCUGGCCUAAGAGGGAUACAUUUCCCGAUUGGCUUUGGAAGUUCUUCCCAAACACACUCACCUCACUGGGACAAGUCCACUCACCGUCCGCUCUUCUGGUCCGGUCCUGCUCUGUGUGUGGCUGACCGGACACGUCCUCCACCUCAACUGUGUGGGGACUUUCACCGCCUGUGUUGAGUUGCGCCCAGCGGCACCCACGAGGUCCCCGGGUCAUCCAUGAGGCUGGAGGCUGCAGCCAGGAUGGAUCUCUUCAGGAAGCUGUGGAGGGCGAGGAACCUGAUUGUUGUGGUUUUCAUCCCACUCUCCCUGCUGCCGCUUCCACUCAUACACCCCACCAGUGAAGCCAGUUGUGCAUACGUGCUGAUCGUGACAGCGGUCUACUGGGUGUCUGAGGCUGUUCCCUUGGGUGCUGCCGCCCUUGUCCCUGCCUUCCUUUACCCGCUCUUUGGUGUUCUCAAGUCAAGUGAGGUGGCAGCAGAGUACUGCAAAGACACCACUUUGCUACUGAUGGGAGUCAUCUGUCUGGCUGCAUCCAUCGAGAAGUGGAACCUGCACAAACGCAUCGCCCUGCGCAUGGUGAUGAUCGCAGGGGCCAAGCCUGGCAUGUUGGUGCUGGGCUUCAUGUGUUGCACGGUGUUUCUGUCCAUGUGGCUCAGCAACACAUCCACCACAGCUAUGGUGAUGCCUAUAGCGGAGGCUGUACUGCAGCAACUCAUAUGCACCGGCAUGGCAGACAACCUCGAGACGGCAGAGGCCACCGAGGAUGACAGCGACAAAGAAGAAAACCUGGAGAAGAACCAACUAGAGCUGCUGUACCGUAAUGCCAGCAAUGAUUGCAGUAAACUGGAAUUGUCUACAGUUAGUGAGGUAGAGAGUGGGGAGGCCAAUGGAGUGUCUCUGAAAGUAAAUGCCAACAAAGAGUGCAUCAGACACACAAAUGGACACUUGCCGCAGGUUGCCAUCGAAAUCCCAAAUGUGAAACGUGUAAAGGCCAGGCGAGAUUCCCAGUACCCCACCAAGAGAGAUCACAUGAUCUGUAAAUGUCUGACACUCAGCAUCACCUACGCCGCGACCAUCGGCGGCCUCAUCACCAUCACAGGCACCUCCACCAAUCUAAUCUUUGCUGAACAGUUUAACACGCGUUAUCCGGAUGCCAAGGUGAUCAACUUUGGCACGUGGUUCAUCUUCAGUUUCCCCAUCGCCAUCAUCAUGCUGGUCCUGACCUGGCUGUGGCUUCACUUCCUUUUCCUGGGCUGCAACUUCAGGGAAACAUGCUCGCUGAGUAAGAAACGCAAAUCUAAGAGAGAGAUGAUGUCAGAGAAGAGAAUCCAUGAGGAGUAUGAAAAACUGGGACCCAUCAGUUACCCAGAGGUGGUCACCGGUGUUUUUUUCAUCCUGAUGACUCUGCUGUGGUUCACAAGAGAGCCUGGUUUUGUUCCCGGCUGGACGUCUCUCUUUGAGAAGCAAGGUUAUCGGACUGAUGCCACUGUGUCUGUCCUCCUGGGCUUCCUGCUCUUCCUCAUUCCUGCAAAGCGACCAUUCUCCUCAUCCCCAUCAAGCUACAGAGACCCAGUUUCAGUGUCGGAUCCACUCGCCCCCAUGAUCACCUGGAAGGACUUCCAGAGACUGAUGCCGUGGGAGAUUGUCAUCCUGGUGGGUGGAGGGUAUGCACUGGCUGCUGGCUGCAAGGUGUCAGGCUUGUCAGUGUGGAUCGGCAGACAGCUGGAGCCCAUGAGUGGACUCCCACCCUGGGCUGUCACCCUGCUGGCUUGCCUGCUGGUGUCAGCGGUCACAGAGUUUGCCUCCAACCCGGCAACCCUCACCGUCUUCCUACCCAUCCUCUCUGCACUGUCAGAGACUUUGCACAUCAACCCGCUCCACACUUUAAUCCCCUCCACUAUGUGCGUGUCAUUCGGGGUCAUGCUUCCAGUCGGGAACCCCCCCAACGCCAUCGUCUUCAGCUAUGGACACCUGCAGAUCAGCGACAUGGUGAAAGCAGGUUUUGGGGUGAACCUGAUUGGCGUAGCGGUCGUGAUGUUGGCCAUCACCACAUGGGGGGUUCCGCUCUUUAAUUUGACAGAGUUCCCAACCUGGGCAGUGGCCAGCAACGUUACCAGCAGCUUAUAGCCCCCUCUUGGAGCGAAAAAUGUGAACUGUAUUGAAGAUGAUGACUGGAGGGAAGGAGGAACCGUUAAGAAUGAUACUUUUGUGGAGCCAAUUCAGUACUGACAAUGAAAGCUGAUUGUCAUGCUGUAUUUUAUUUUAUCUGUCAUAAUUGGACAGAGAUCUUUACUUGCCGUGUGAUAUACCACACCGAAAAUCAUUACCAUAGUGCCUUUUUCAGUAAAUGUUUCAAAAGGUGUAGACUGUUGCUGCACUUUAAAUGAAUGUGUCCUUGCUGUUUGAACAGCAAGUGUAGGAAUGUGUUGGAUGGACUGUUAAAAGAGACGGCUGCUUUAUUUACAAGCAAUAAAUGCACAAUGAGAGGCUUCCACUACAGUAUUUCUGAUGUGUACUAUAAUGUAAUGAUAUAACGUAUCUAGUGUACACUGCAAGCUGCAACAAUUCAAGAUGCCAGCUGUCUUUACCAAAGUUAUCACACUGUAAACAUACUAGCCAUGAUUGGCAAUAGUGCCUUCAUAUGACAGCUCCAGAAAACACUAUGAUAUUGGAAAUUUGUGCUUUCAUGAAGACAAUGAAGGACUUUUGAUGUAACCACGGUGACCGAUGCAAUGAAUGGCAUCAAUUUUGAAAAAAAUGAGUUUAUGAAAUGGGUUACAGUUGAAUAAUAAGCUGACUUGUUGCCUUGGUGAUGUGAACAGGGAGCUAUAUUGGAAAGGUACAAAGGGUGAGCACACAUAUUUGUAUGUUAUGAUAAUCAAAUCUGCUGGUAAAAGAACACUUUCAAUGUAUUAUACAUAAAUGUACAAGGUGUUUUGUAUUUUUACACAAUAUGUCAAUGAAAUGUGGAGCUUUUAUCACUUUUACCGUAGCAUAGGUAUAAUCAAAAUACUAUGAAUUUAUUAUUUUUUUUGUAAUUUAUUCAUGCCUACCUUUUUGUAAGUACAUACAGGCUUGCAACAUAAAGAACUGAAGUGUUUACCUGAUGUCAUUCAUGCCGACAUGACAGUUAGGAAGACCAAAUAAUGUGUACAAGAAUAAAAUCCCUGAAGCCAA